UUGCUGCUGCAGCUGCUUGGAGCCUUACUGCACACUGCCUAAAGAUCCAGGGUUUGCUUUAGGAAAUACUUAAUGCUGUUCUGCUUUGUACACCUGGAGGUCAGAAGGGAAUGUGGUUUUUCUAGCUAAUCAUCGUCUCUUGCCAGCUAAUUCACUUUCAGACCAUGUUAAAGACUAAGUUGAAUGUCCUAACUCUUCGUAAAGAGCCUCUCCCGACAGUGAUCUUCCAUGAACCAGAAGCCAUUGAGCUGUGCACCACAACACCCCUCACGAAGACCCGGACUCACACUGGAUGCAAGGUUACAUACUUGGGUAAGGUUUCCACAACAGGGAUGCAAUUUUUGUCAGGCUGCACAGAAAAACCAGUCAUUGAAUUGUGGAAGAAGCACACGCUCACCAGGGAGGAUGUUUACCCAGCUAAUGCCCUUCUGGAAAUUCGCCCUUUCCAAGUCUGGCUGCAUCAUCUGGACCUCAAAGGUGAGGCAACAGUGCACAUGGAUACCUUUCAGGUAGCACGUAUAGCCUACUGCACUGCUGACCACAACGUCAGCCCAAACAUCUUCGCUUGGGUCUAUCGGGAGAUCAACGAUGACCUGUCCUACCAGAUGGACUGCCACGCUGUGGAGUGUGAGAGCAAGCUGGAGGCCAAGAAGCUGGCCCAUGCCAUGAUGGAGGCCUUUAAGAAGACUUUUCACAGCAUGAAAAGCGAUGGCCGGAUCCACAGGAACAGCUCAUCGGAGGAAGUGUCUCACGAAUUUGAAUCUGACGAUGGCUGACUGAACUCAUUCACGGUUCAAGGCAGAAAUGGCUUAGGGAAUGAAAGCUGAUAGAUGAAUAAGCAACAAUUGAAACUGGGUAAUGAAAGGACUGCCAAACACUUGUCUGACCAGCUUUUUAAAUCAGAAGAGCAAUUUGGUACUUACAGAUACGAAUCAUUAAAAUAAUUAUGUUGCAUUGAAAUCUGCUGCUGUUUGCAAAAGUGAGAAAAAAAUCUCCCUCCCCCACCUCUGUCACCCACCCAUCACUGUCUCUUUCUCGUCUCUGUAGUUCAGGUGCAUACCAUGAAGUACAGUCAUUCCUGUUUGUCUUACGAGACUGGUCAGGCAAUUUUAUUAGUUGCUUCUCUGGCAUUCCUAGCUGGGGGCUGAUGCUGAUGCACAAGAGCAAGUAGGCCUGGAAAGCCCUAAUGGUUCCCGAAGAAUCUUUCCCCGUGAUACAUCACACAAAUCCUUUGACCGUACGUAGGCUAAGACAGCCAUACAUAGCCUUUUAGACUAAUGGCCUGGCAUUCUGCAGUUAAUUCACAUUUCACAGAUAAAAAAUGAAAGAUGCUUGUAUGUACACAUUAUAUCAUAUGCUAUCCUUUAUUUUAUCCAUUGUACCUAUUUUCUUAAUAUACCUGCUGCCACAUCUUUCACCCAACACCAGUAGUUGCAGUUUCAGACUAUGUACUGCUGGAUACCAAAAACGGGUGGGCAAAAAUACUCCCUGAUGGCUGGGGGUUCAGCAAGUCAGCCCUGCUGUCUGUGCGUUAUCCUACCCUGAUGUGCUCUGCAGGAGGGGGCCCGCUGGGAAGAGCUGAGGGACACUUGGGUGUGUCAGUGUUUGAACUGUGACUUCUCAUCAACCUCAGGUCUGACGAGAUCCGAGCACAGUGGGCGCAGCUCUGUGUCCCCACUUUCUGCAUUGCUGGCCGAGCGACCCUGGUGGGAUGGAGCUGGCAGUGUCUCACCACACAGGGCUGCCUCACUGUAAAGAUCAAAGGAAAUGGUCCCUUAGGAGUCAGGUUUGAACAUCUGUUCUGGUUGAGAACCUCGUGUUAAGAUUCCCGUACCUUUCCUUGUUCACAGAUAUACAGUCAUGCCUUUCUUAAAUGCAGAUGUUUAAUAAAACUCAAAUAAAGGAAAAACUUGUUUCACUUGAUAUUUUUUAAGGCUGAGAGCAGAUCAAUAGUUUGCAAGUAAUGCUGCUCCUUUGUACAAUUUUGUUUGUAAUUAUGGUCAUGUUAGGGGCACUAGGGCACCUUACAGAAGCCUUAAAAGAAAGCUAAUCCAAGCAGAUAGCUCUGUGUCUGUGUUUUGUGUCUCUGUGUUUGUAUGUGAGAGUGUAUGUUCGAGUCCAGUGGUAAAGCAUGUAGAUUGAGCAUGGAGAUGUACUGAGGAGGGCCCACACCUCUUGAAAAUAUGCUUGUUGCUUUACAAUGUAUGUAAACUGUUCUCCAGCAUAAAUGCAUUCAUACUUUAAUAAAAAAAAAAAGUUUUGAGUUAAA